AUGGUGUACUUCAGCAAGUCGUUGUCAAAGCCGGAAAAGAACUAUUGUGUCACAAGACGGGAAUUGCUUGCUGUGGUAAAGUCCUUGCAGCAUUUUAGCAAAUAUCUUCUGGGGCGGAAAUUCCACUUACGAACUGACCAUGCUGCACUGAAAUGGCUAUUGCAGUUCAAAAAUCCGGAAGGACAAGUUGCGAGAUGGAUUGAACUACUGCAGGAAUACGAAUUUGUGAUCGAACAUCGCAGCGGCAAAUCUCAUGGCAAUUCAGAUGCAUUGUCAAGAAGACCUUGCCUUGAAGAGAUGUGUGAGGAUGCUCAAGACCAAUGGGACAGCUUGCUGAUUCAGAAUGGAGUCCUGUGCCGUAAAUGA